UAAGUGAUCACAUGAACAACAAAAAGUCAGAUCAGGUGACUAUAACACGGCGGAUAGAGAGAGGGAUACAAAGUGUCGUGGAGUUUGGGGAAAAUGAAGAUAAUGAUGUUAUUAAACAUCGCUUUACUUGUUACACUUAUAAAUUUUGGCAAGUGUAAGUCCCAUUCAUUUGUUGUCAAUUAUGAUGAUAAUUCCUUCAGCAAAGAUGGCCAACCUUUCCGCUACAUCUCUGGUAGUAUCCACUAUGCAAGAGUUCCCAGAGGAUACUGGGAUGAUCGUCUCAUGAAAAUGUAUGCCACUGGCUUGAAUGCAAUCCAAGUAUAUGUACCAUGGAACUUCCAUGAGAGAUCACCAGGGAGGUAUACCUUUGAGGAUAAUGCGGAUCUUGUAGCGUUUCUCAGGAAAGCAAAUGACACUGGUCUACUUGUCAUUCUACGGCCUGGCCCAUACAUCUGCGCUGAAUGGGACAUGGGAGGACUGCCGUCAUGGCUGCUAAAAGAUGGUGUCAUCAAAUUGAGGACAAUGGAUGAAGAUUAUAUCCAAGCUGUUGACAGGUGGAUGGGUGUCCUGCUUCCUAAAAUUAAGCCCCUUCUCUACUCUAAUGGAGGCCCAAUUAUAAGUAUUCAAGUUGAAAAUGAGUAUGGUAGCUACUAUGCCUGUGAUCAUGACUACAUCAGGCACUUGAAAAAUACCUUUGAAGAAGCCCUCGGUGCCGAUGCAGUUGUCCUCUUCACAACAGAUGGAGCUAAUGAGAAAAACUUUAAGUGUGGGACACUACAGGGCCUGUAUGCAACUGUAGAUUUUGGUACAGUUGGUGAUAUUUCUAGUGCCUUUAAACUUCAGAGAAAAUUCCAGCCUCAGGGCCCAUUGGUCAAUUCUGAAUUCUACACUGGUUGGCUUGAUCACUGGGGGCAGAAUCACUCAACCGUUACUAAGGAGAAGGUCACAGAUUUCCUGGAUAAGAUCCUUGCCAUGGGGGCCUCGGUAAAUAUGUAUAUGUUUGAGGGUGGAACUAACUUUGGAUUUUGGAAUGGAGCCAACACAGUAUACAGUCCUCAACCAACAAGCUAUGACUAUGACGCCCCUCUCACUGAGGCUGGGGAUCCAACAGAUAAACUCAUGGCUAUUAGAAACAUCAUCAAGAAGUAUGCUAAGGUCCCCUUAAUUCCAGUGCCUCCAGCUACUCAAAAGCUUGCUUACGGUCAAUCGACGAUGACCAAAGUUGGCUCACUGUAUGAUGUUCUAGAUAAGCUGACCCCCUAUGGACCAAUCAAAUCUAAUUAUCCCAUCACCAUGGAAGCAAUGCAGCAGAGUUUUGGAUUCAUAAUGUAUCGGACAACAAUUGCAAUUAAUGUUACCAAGGCAACGCUGUUGGAUAUCCCAGGGAUACGGGAUCGGGGAUACAUAAUAAUCAACCAGGUGCCUGUUGGGAUUGUUGUACGAAACAAGCCGACUGGACUGAAUAUAACAGCAUCAAAAGGUGACAUCUUGGAUAUUGUUGUGGAGAAUCAAGGGAGAAUAAAUUUUGGUGAAACUAUCGCAGACAUGAAGGGAAUAGUUGGAAAUAUAACAUUAGGCGACACAAUUCUAGAGGGCUUUCAAAUCUACUCACUUCAACUUGAUGAAUUUGUGCCAAAGAUCUCACAAAAAUUUGAACUGACCUGGCCUAGCCCCCAGACACAGCUGAAUGUUCCUACUCUGUACAGUGGCACAAUGCCUGCUCUCCCACCAGAUAUCACUGAACCAAGGGAUACAUUCUUGAAAGUGUCGGGCUGGACGAAAGGACAAGCGUAUAUCAAUGGCUUUAAUCUUGGUCGGUACUGGCCUGUAGAGGGCCCACAAGUCACCCUGUAUGUUCCAGCAACAAUACUGAAGCGUACAGAAAAUUUCAUUGUCUUGUUUGAGCUGGAGAGCGCCCCCUGUAGUACAGAAGGAAGCUGCACAAUAGAGUUCAUUGACCAACCGAUUUUGAAUGGAACUGUUGCAAGGGGACACAAGAUAUUAUAAAAGUGUGUUUAUAAUUUAAUUUCUUACAAUUUUGUGUAAUUAUAUUUAUCAAUACCAAGUUUUUUAGUUAUUAUUUGUUCGAUUCAUGAUUACACAAAAGCUUAAGCCCUUAUACAUUCUGAGACUGUUCUGUGAAUGGUUCGAGACUGUAGUGCAAAAAGUUAAACUAGAUUUUCAGCUAUAAUUAUUGCUGCAUUCUAGAGCACAUAUCAACGUGAUAGCGAUUUCCAAUAGUCAGAUGAUCAUAGAAAAAUCUUAAUUUUGAAAAGCUACCCACAAAGAAUAAUUAACAUUUUUAUAUAUAUAAAGGCACUCAAAAUUAUAUAAAUAAAAAAAAAAUCAAGAAUGAAUUGUACACGAAAACAGUGGAUUGAUUAUUGUAAUCAAAGUUUAUAAUCAUAAGUUCGGUGACUAAUAUGCAUAGUUAUUAGGACAGAAAUUAGGAAUAUUUUGUGUCACAAGUACCGUAUGUAAAAUAUUCGUGCAUCAAUUUUUUCAAUAGUCCUGAUUGUGGAUUCGAUGGAACAAAAAUAUAUUGUAUCAUUUUAAUAUUUUAAUUCAGUUUGUAAACAUUCCUUGUUUUUUUCAUGUAUUUAUGUGAUGUAACCACUAAAACCUUGAUACAAAUUUGUGUACAAAUUUAAGUUAAGCUGUUAUUGAGAUGAUUAUUAUGUAUAAAUGUCCCUGUUAAAAGUGUAUUUUUGCUAAAACUUACGAUAUAUUUUUAAGGAUGUGUAUUUAAAAAUGGAAGAAUCGUAACACAUGAAUGUACGUUAAGAUAUUCCAGUAUAUUUAUGAUAUUUUUUUGUAAUAAAAACAGCAAUUAUGCAAUA